AUGAAUUUUCCGGCGCCAGGAGCGGCGCAGGGUCGGGAUCUGGGCGUUGCAGCCUAUGAGGAGGCUGGUGUUUGCGCGGAUUGGGGACCUUGGAGGAGGGGUGCCCCGAGGGCUUAUUGGCAGUUCUGUAUUCUGAAGCUGCAUAUCCAAGCCCACUGUGGUGGAGUGGAAUACUGCGGUCUCUCGUUGUUCCAGCAAUGA